CCCGCCCUCCGGCUCGCCCCCGCCGACCGCGGCGCCUGCCAGGACCGAGCGCUCCGGCUGCAGGCGGCGACCCGGGCCCGCGCCCCUGCGGGAGGGGAGAGCCGCCUUGGGGAGGAGGGACAGGGACGUAUGUGGAGGAGGCCACGGCGGGUGAGAGCUCCUGUUAGCAGAAAGACUCCAGAGACUGAGGAGUAACUUAAUAGCUGUGUGCAGAUUUCCAAGAGCUUUUAUCCCAAGACAGCACAAGAUGAGGUGUCACAGAAGAAAUGUCAAGUAGGCAGCUUUUCCUCCCAUGAGAUUUAGACGAUAAUGGAAUAAGUUCCUGAAGAAGAGAGGGAUAAAUCUUCCCCCGAAGAGAGCUGAAAAAAGGAUAGCUGUCUACUGGUGUGGGUUAACCUCCAUUUCAGCUAAUCAUGGGAGAGAUUAAAGUCUCUCCUGAUUAUAACUGGUUUAGAAGUACAGUUCCCCUUAAAAAGAUUAUCGUGGAUGAUGAUGAUAGUAAAAUAUGGUCACUGUACGAUGCCGGCCCCAGAAAUAUCAGGUGUCCUCUGAUAUUUCUUCCCCCUGUCAGUGGAACUGCAGAUGUAUUUUUCCGGCAGAUUUUGGCUUUGACUGGAUGGGGUUACCGGGUUAUAGCUUUGCAGUAUCCAGUUUAUUGGGACCAUCUUGAAUUCUGUGAUGGAUUCAGAAAACUUUUAGACCAUUUACAACUGGAUAAAGUUCAUCUUUUUGGGGCUUCCUUGGGAGGCUUUUUGGCCCAGAAAUUUGCUGAAUAUACACACAAAUCUCCCAGAGUCCAUUCCCUCAUCCUCUGCAAUUCCUUCAGUGACACUUCUAUCUUCAACCAAACUUGGACUGCAAACAGCUUUUGGCUGAUGCCAUCAUUUAUGCUCAAAAAAAUCGUUCUCGGAAACUUUUCAUCUGGCCCAGUGGACCCUAUGAUGGCUGAUGCUAUUGAUUUUAUGGUGGACAGGCUGGAAAGUUUGGGUCAGAGUGAACUGGCUUCAAGACUUACCCUGAAUUGUCAAAAUUCUUAUGUGGAACCUCAUAAGAUUCGAGACAUCCCUGUGACCAUUAUGGAUGUAUUUGACCAGAGUGCACUUUCAACUGAAGCUAAAGAAGAAAUGUAUAAACUGUAUCCUAAUGCCCGGAGGGCUCAUCUUAAAACAGGGGGCAACUUCCCAUACCUGUGCAGAAGUGCGGAGGUGAAUCUUUAUGUGCAGAUCCAUUUGCUACAAUUCCAUGGAACAAAAUACGCGGCCAUCGACCCGUCGAUGGUCAGUGCUGAGGAACUAGAGGUGCAGAAAGGCAGCCUGAGCAUCAGUCAGGAGGAGCAGUAGCUCUGUUGUCGCCUGUUGAUGAUGAGUGAUCCAGAGAGUUCUUGUACAAUCAGCUGCGUCAGCACCCGCCAGGCAGGCUCUGUUCAGUUGUCAGGCUCGCCAGUCAUCACUGUGUUUGGAAGCAGGACUGAUUGUCAUCUUUGUGACAGGCGGCAGCUCUUCUAAGCCAGUGUGACUGUUCCCUCUGCAUUUUUUUUUUUUUUUUUUAGCUUUUGAAUUUGAGGAAGUACUUUUGAAGACUCUCACUUUAAGAAUUGUGAAAAUUUUGCUACCAAAAGUCUUCUCACCACUGUGUUCUUAAGAGAAUGUUGAUUUUUGAGGUUUGGGAUUUUGUGGAGUUUUUUUCUUUUCUUUCCUCCUUUCUUUCUUUUUAUGAUAUUUGCUGUAAAUGCUGCACAUCCAGAUUGUGUAUCAGAAGGACAUCGGUUAUUUUUAUGCUUUCUUGGUUAUAACCGUUAUCAAGUGCCAAGGCUGUCUGUCACCCCACCGUUUGCUCUCCUACAAAAUCAGCUACUUCUAAUUUCCAGUUAAGCAGAUCAUUUUCAGUUUUAUCUGUUGUCUUUCUAGCCAUUACAGUCAUUUGGAAUAAAAAUUCAAUUUCAGUGA